AUGACUUUUGUUGAUAUUAAUGGACAACAAAAAAUUCAGCAAAUGAUAUUUGAUAAAAAUCAUCUUGACUCCACUAUGCGAGGACAACCAAAAGGGAUAAGGAGAGUAUUAAUGGAAAGAGAUCUUUGGAGGGAAGGGUUAACUUUGGAUUGUCGAAU